AUGGAGGAUCAAUGCAACAUAGGGACGAACCGACUGUCAGCGUUGAAUGAUAAUAUCACCGGCAGCAUUGACCAACUCUCAGCGGCGUCCGAUGCUCAUGAGAUCGACAACGGUAUUCUCACUAAUAUUGGUGUAACAGGGGAUCUUGACGAAAACGGCCUUUCUUCAUUGCAGAAUGCAAACAAUGGUACCAUUGCCGGGUGGAACUGGGGACCCCUUGAGGGCCCUCAAGUUGAAGAGCCACUCGUGACUGAACAAGCUGCACGGCCUCCUGACACAAUAGACCACUUAGAUCAUUUGCACUUUCCGCCAUUGCUAAGCGCUCCUGCCUCAGACAUGGCUCAGCCAACAGAUGGACACCCCAACUUGUGCUCCAGUGAGGUGGCCUCAACAUCGACAGCGUCAAGCGCGAGGUUCCAGGGUGAUACUUCCUCGUCACUAAAAACCUGCCAGCCCGCAUGCUUGAUUGAGAUAGACGACGAAUUGCCCCAUCAACAUCUGCAGGAAGACGUGUCAAGUCACAAUAAGGACGACUCCAAAAGCCAGUAUGAUGGCAGCAGCUUCAUUGGCUCCGCAUCCGGACUACUGGGAUUGUUGGCAUCCUCCAAGGCCCCAAUAUCAGGUCAAACUCGUCUACGUGUGCCAUUGGGCUGGACUCCGCCAAAUUUUGCAAAACUGCCACCCAAACCCAGGAAGCGUAAGCGUUCGAUAUUCAAAAAGUCAACUCAAGAGUCAUCAGAAUCGGCACAGACUACCAAGAGGAGUCGGACUGUAGAUCACGGAGCAUCUGCGAGGGGAUUCACCGAUACAAUUCAGUCACACGGUCGGACACACGGCUCACGGGACACCGAUAACGCAUCAGAGAGCAAUAUGGCGUCUCGACCCCGUCCUGCUCCUAUCAUUACGACACCAACCCACAAGACCUUCAACGGCACAGAGAUAAGCAAAGUUGUUUGCCAGCUGCCGACACCAAAGUCCGCCGCCUCGAUGAAUGGCGUGCACACUGCAGACCAAUACCCAGAGUUGGCAUCUCCAUCUAUAUCCAAGGGAAAUAGCUCCCAGAGCUCACUCCGAGACGAUCCUGGGAAAGCUGCAAACAGGUCAGGACAUACUCGUACCGAAGCUGGUCAUUAUACUACCGCACAGUCGGGUUCUGGGCAGCGUGCCAGUACUGAUUUAACAAUUCACGAUGUCAUUGUACUCAGUGAUGACGAGGAACCGGCAGAGAUGGCCAGGCAGCAAGCUUAUUCCCCAAAAAACCAGACGGCAUCGUCACAGGGCGUUGCAUCCGGACAGCAUAGCGCGUAUUCAAAGCACCCUAGUCAAGUGGCCGGAGACUACCGAGAUCGUUCGCAAACGGACAGCACUAAUUUCAUAACUGGUACUGUUUCCAUCCUGGAUGCGACAGUGUCCAAGAGAGACUCCAUGUCCAAACAUGGGCUGUUGACUGAGAAUUCAUCAAUAGCGAACACGAACAGCACCACUGCCAAAACGUCGGGAGCGAACACAGUUGAUGAACAGCCAAAUGUAGUGAGCCAGCAACUUACACUACCCCGACUUGCGGCACGCCCCUCCCAAAAAUCUUUGCCUGCUAUCACUACCCAUAUCGGUGCCAAAGGAACGAGCAAGCCUAUUGAUAUAACUGGUUUCCAAGGCUCGCGGCCCAUCACAAAGCCUGCAGUCCCUACCACUCAGCAACCCACUCGUCCGAUGGGCAAGGAGGCUGCCUUGUUGGUCCUGCAGCAAACAGCGGCUCCUGUUCAACAUAGACUGACGUCUCAGUCCAGUCAACGCAGACGACAGAUGAAGAGGACAGUGACAACUAGAUCGGAGCAAUCGUGGCAUGAAAUCAGAGACAAACAGGCGAUGCAAGAUGACAUCAAGUCUCGGAAGCGCCAGGAGAAGUUUCGUCUGGAUAUCACAAGUGCUCAUCCCGAUCUGCCAGCGGAUGAAAUACAGCAGCGAAUCGACGCCUUGGAGAGUAAUAAGCAAUUGGAGCUCUUCAAACGCAAGGAAGAGCGCGCCGCCAAGAACGCCUACAAGAACCGGCCAGGAGAGCUGCAUCACGACAACAGUGCAGAAUUAAAUAAUGAGGUAGAAGCCAUACGUAAACAGACAAGACUGACGAAGCCUCUCUGCGGACUGGAGCCAGGUCGUCGAAUCUUCGCUUACAGAGUGAUCAAGACCUAUCCGUAUAUCGAGCCUGAAGAGGCUGAAGAGCGGUAUGUCGAAGAGGAGAAGACCUUUCUCGAGAAGGAAAGCGCCAAUGAUCAUGCCCAAGCUGUCUUCCUCAACGAGAAUGAUCCUGUUCUCCGACAGGCCGGGGAAGGCAGUCAGCUCACAGAAAUGAAAAUGGUCUUCGACGAUAAGAGGGGCGGCUUAUUUGAAGGCCAUCGGGUUUUCAGUAACGGCAAGAAACAUUCUGUCAUCGUAGACUUCGUCGAGAUGCAGGCGGGAGAGGUGCAGCCCAGCAUGCACAGGGGGAGAAAGCUCUCAAAACAGGCAAAGGCCGCUUUCACGCCCGUGCAGUUUGUUGUUUGGGCCGUCUUCACGAUUGACCAAAACGCCCGAAAAUGCGACACUCAGAGGCCACCUCCACCCUUGACGCCUCUGACAAAAGAAGCGACAUCGCUCCUCAUGGCCGGCCAGAUAACCGAUUCUGAAAGGAAGGUGUUAUCCAGCGUUGUCAGUCCGUUGCCAAGGAACUUAUAUAGGCGCUAUGUGGCUGAUAUGGAGGAUCAGGCGGCAGACGAAGAGGGCCAAGACGAGGAAGCAAGCUGUAGCCUGAAACCCACCACGACCGCUGAGCAUGAGAGCGAAGAUGAGGUUGACGACUCUGACUCUGAGAGUGACGACGGGGCGCAUAACAGAGCAACCAACGGCGAUACUCUGACGACAAAGGAACCUGCUAUAACCGAACCCGCUAUAACGAUUGGACAGUCCGAGGAUACUACGGGUCAUCAUUCUGGAGAGGACGAAUUGGAAGUAGAGGAGGACGAGAGCGUGGAAGAGGAGCACGACGAAGAGGGAGAUUGGUUUGAUCAGAACACAGAAAAUAUCACCUACCAUCACGAAAUGGUAGCAUCCUUUACGACUCUCCGGGAGGCGAAUAUCGAGGCCUAUCGUGUAUUUCUUGGGAUGAAUAAUCUCAUCAGCCUGAAUUGCUGCACCCAUCCGUCAUGCACAUGCCGCCAAGGUGGACUUUCCGACUUUUUGCGUGACAACCAGAUCAACCCCGUCGCCGAGGCCGCCCGAAAGGGCAUUGACUUGACUAUGCCAGAUUCUAGAUACUACUUCAACAACCAUCCAGCGUACAGGUUGCCUCUCGGCUUUCGUCACCUUCAGAUAUUUGUCAAGAAGACGGAACUGAUCGGGCCAUUGCUAGUUGGAGAGGGGUUGAUUGACAAUACUGAAGAACUCGAAGAGGAGGUGAAUGAGAAGCGAGACCAGAGGAAGGCUAUGCUGCAACGGGAGGAAGCCAGAAAGGAGACGAAGAAGUUGGAGGAGCUGAAAAGAAAGAAGUCCCGGUUGCGAAAACAAGAAAAAGCUGUUGACCAUGAGUUGACUGCGGCAGAGAUAAACCACCAGCAAGCUCAGCAGCGGGAUAGUAAUGCAGGCGACAUUGCCACGGAGGGAGAGCAGCAGCGGCUCCUUGGGCAGGAAUUACAAGACAUGGAGGACGAGGACUCGGACGUGUCAGAGGAAGAAUGA